AUGCCACAGUUUUGGUGGUCAGAGCACAACAAGAAUGCCAGUGGCCACUUUGGCUGUGAGAGUCAUGGCAUCGAGAGCGAGGGCGGCUCAUCUGUAGUAUCCUGGCUUCGUCUGCAAGUCAAGGUACAAAACGAUGUACACAAGUACUAUUGGUAUAAGAUAAAUAUGCUUGUCGACUGGCGGUCGUCAGGCGCCACCAAGAUUGUUCUUUUUGAUCCCAAACCGCAAGUCAGCGAGAAGAUCGCGGCCAAGUUGCUCAUCAACGUGCCCAAAGACAAGAGUCAUCUCAAGGACCCAUUCUGGGUCUAUGGACAAGUCUUCGAAGAUCUCAUCGCUGUGCAAGACACCUCCGUCUGGCAGAUCAGGGAUCUGACACGGGAAGCCGAGACGAGGAAGGAUAUGGGCGAGGGUCUCACAACCUCUGUCACGUAUUUUGACACGCUCCAUAAUAUCCUCCGUCACGCGACACACAGCAUGGAGACCUUGCAAACGUCGAUCAAAACGAUACACAGUAUCAUGAGCAGCCACGAGACGCUUGGCGCUCGCUUCGCCCAAGUGCACACAGAGGAGACUGAGGAGCAACGUCACAUUCUUGACCAGGCUGAUUGGGCCCGAGCCAAAGCACAGCGAGACAGCGUCCUGGGGAACGAGACUGCAGACACCCAGGGCCACGACAUUGCGCAACUUGAAGCGUCCGGCCUAGCUGCUGUCAAGGCCCUGACAGAUGGGAAGAACGCAGAAAGGGACAGGCGCAGUGCGUUUUACCACAACGAAGAAAAGUUCCGGUACUAUGAGAACUUCUUCGAAUCGACCCUGGGCCGGGCCAUGGCCAACAAGGAACGGCUGACCAACCAGAUCCAGCUCGAGUUCAACAAGGUCACCAAGGCGGACAGCGACGCCAUGAAGACGGUGGCCUUUGUGACGCUCCUGUUUCUGCCCGCCACGUUUGUGGCGGCCAUCUUCUCGACCACGUUCUCUUCCUCGAAUGGCGGCGAGUGGAUGAUGUCGGGGAAGUUCUGGAUUUACUGGGCCUUUGCCAUUCCCAUCACGUUCCUGACAGCGUUGCUGUGGACGUUGUGGCGCUACAGGGGCAAACUUGGCCGGUUGUAUGAGCAGAGGCGCGAAAGGGCUGAGAAGGAGAAGAAGGAGAGACAGAUCUCGCAAUUGAAAGGCUAG